AUGAUGGAUUCUCGAAAAAUAUCCACAUUUAAAGUCAAACAAAUGCCUCCUCCCUUGAAAGAUUCAAAUAUUAUGUCGAGAAAAUUGCGCAUAAUUUAUGAUGAUUCUGAUGCAACUGAUUCAUCCGAAGAUGAGUCAAAGUCUAAAAGAAUAAAGAGAAGUUUUAUAGACAUCCCUCUACCAUGUGUAUCUACGUCUUUCUCCUCUGAAAAUAACUUCUCCGAGAAAACAAAUAUUACAAAGAAGAAGAAUUGUCUAACGCAACCUAAAAAAAAGAAGAAGGUACUUCCAUCAACAAUUGCAACACCAACCCCAACAAGGAGACAAUCUUCUCCCAGAUAUCGAGGUGUUCGUAUGAGAAAGUGGGGAAAAUGGGCGGCUGAAAUUCGUAUUCCAACAACAACCACUCGAAUUUGGUUAGGAACUUUCAACACUCCUGAAGAGGCUUCUCAAGCCUAUGAAGCCAAACGACUUCAAUUAGAACUUGAAGCAAAAUCAAAUGCUAAAGAAUGCAUCAAUGUUAAUGGUGAUGGUUCUUCUACUCUUGAAAAUAACAAGAGUAAUUACUUAAACUCUUCUACUGCAGAUUUUGAUGUUGCUACUACAUCAUCUAUCUUUGAUAAAUUCUCAACUUCUAAAGACUCUGAGAGGUUAUUCUCACACACAUCACCUUCUUCUGUGCUUGAGUUGAAUACACCAACUUACAAUUUGAUUGAGAAGGUUGAUGUUUCAUCAAACAGUGAAGUCAUUGAAAAAGAUGCUGAAGAGGCCUGUGAUUUUGUAGCUUAUCAACUAGAAGAGCUAGAAAUACCAGAUCUUGGAGUUUUGGAAUUUCCUGAACCAUCUGCUACUCCUGAGGCUCGAGCGGAUCCCAACCUUGGGUUUGGAUUUGAUUUUGGAAGGGUUCAUGACUAUGGACAUGGUUUUGACGAACAUGGUGACUUCAACGAUAUUCACAUUCAUGGGUUUGAUGACAAUGAGCCUAGCAAGCUUCCGGAUUAUGAUUUUGACGAGGAUGAUGAAUUUUCCGGUUGGAUUGAAAGAAUCCCAUUCUAUCAUUUAAGAUUAUAG